AAAGGUAUCAUACCGGAACGGUGUAGCACGGAUGACCCAAAAUACCUCAGUUUGAGUUAACGCAGUGAGCGGAAGGUGAUGCGGUGAGCUUGUGGCGUUCGACAGCCAUGCUACGGAAUUUGAUAACGGUUAUUUUGGUGGGAAAACACCGGUUCUACGUUCCGGAAUGAUUGUGUGGAUGUUUUAAAUAUUUUUGGGUUAUAUAUCAUGGGAACAUGUGAGAUGUUUCAUAAGCAGGACUUUACUUGGGACAAGAACCUGCAGAAAGCUUGCAGGUUGUUAAUUCUUUAUCUGUGUUUUAUAGGACUGUGCAAAAAAGUUACCUAAUUUAGAUCGAAACAGCUGAGCAACUGGACGCUUUGCGUUCUUCGGCGCUAUCUGUGCCUUUACUUUCUUCGCUGUUGGCCAAAAAGCCUUUAGUGGAACCUGUCUACGAUUAUAUCUAGCCAAGGAAAUAAUUGUGGUUAAACUGCGUGUGAUUUGUGGCUUUCGAUUUGUAUGGUGAAGGCGGAGCAGCUCAUUCUUUAAGCGUGUUCGUCACAGGCGAGGAGAUACGUCAAUCUUUUAGUGGCCCACUCGCUCGGUAUAUAAACACUGCGAGAUAUCUCAGCUGUUCGCUGCACUAUACGCUCGGAGGAUGGCAGUCGCCAUGCAAAUACCGGUGAUAUUUUUCCUCGUUAGUCUAACACUGAUCCACUAUGGCCAAGCACAUUCUGUUAGGCAUGUCACGAGAGACAAUCGGCGGAGCGGUCGGGGGGACAGUGUGUUUAAAACUUUACGGCAAUCACCACAGGAGGUGACGAGUCGGAGAGAGCAUUUACAGCGGGAGUCGACCACAUCUGACGGUGACGUGGUGUCCCAGCCCGGACUAGAAAAUGAGGAGUCGGCCCGACGACAGCUGAUGGACAGUGCCUUGGGCCCGGAGGUUUCCAAUGGACAUAUCAGUGUCAGAGUCCGGAAUGGACGGAUUAGGUCCAUGCUGGCCAAGGGUAGCAUGGUCCCUACAGACGAUGACGAUGACUGGUUAGAGAACGGGGAUGGGGUUGGCACAGGGGUUGAUAAAACAGUGGGUGAAUUGAGCAGGGAGGUGGAGAUAGAGAAUGCCCGGGCAACGCACCCGGCACCAAGCGUAUCUGUGAUUGACAGUCAAAGCAACCAAGACGGGUACGACCUACCCGUCGAGGACGAUUCGGCAGAGGUAACUCAAAUCCACCGGCCACCUAAAAAAUGCGCACAUUGCUGGAUGAGAGAGGAAGUGAAACAGUUAAGAAUUGAAUCCAUUAAAACACAAAUAUUACAGAAACUACGCCUUUCGGCGCCGCCAAACAUUACAAAGGAAAAGAUUCCAAACGUUCCAGACCGCCACCCCUUACAUGGACAUCUCAAUAAGUUUGGGGUGCAGGCGGAUGACCCCACUGAACGGUUAGGGUCAGAAGUGGGUGCUGAGGAUAUGUAUAAGUACGAGGAUUAUUACGUUAACACCGUCAAAAGCAUAAACUUUGGAGAAAAACCGCCUUCUAGGAUCGGCAACAAUUCCCAAAUAUGCUAUUUCACAUUCAAAGACGACGUUAUGAAAGCACGAAUAGAGAAAGCCAAGCUAUGGGUCUACCUUCGAGACGGCGGGAGAAUGACGGGGCCAAACGCCAAAACAUUGAUUCUGGUAUACCAGAGGUUUCCGCCUUCAACCCCUGGAGGGCCUGUCACCAGGCGCUUGAUCGACCGGAAGGAGAUACACCCGCCGCCCCGCGGCCUGAACUGGCACCAUUUCAACAUCCGCGAUGUCGUGGAGGAGUGGACACUCAGGCCAGAGACAAACUACGGCCUCUACAUCGAGGCGACCGACCACAUUGGAAAGAUGCUUCCAGUUAUUGUUCCAAACACUGAAGCUGAAUCGAAUUAUAAGCCCUUCGUCGAUCUGAAGAUCAGAGACAUGUCAUCGAACCGCCAAAAACGGAUGUUAAGCCGGACGUGUCAGGAGGACGACGUUGAGCGGAACUGCUGCCGCUUUCCACUCCGUAUCAGCUUCGAGGACUUCGGCUGGGACUGGGUCAUCGCGCCCAAGUCGUACACCGCCAACUACUGCUCCGGGGAAUGUCCGUACGUGUACGCCCAGGAUUACCAGCACACCCACUUGGUCCAGCAGGCGGUUCCACGCAAUGCAACCAUCUGCUGUACUCCCCGCAAGAUGCACGCGCUCUCCAUGAUCUACUUUGCCGACGCACUCAACGUAGUGUACGGAAAGGUACCGGAAAUGGUGGUCGAAUCUUGCGGUUGCGCGUGAGCAUACUUUGCGGAAGUGAUGUAUUUGGAGAAGAAAUGAAGCCCGAAGUCUUUCUUUCACUCUCUGUGGAGGAAACAAGACAAGGGUCACGUCCCUGUUGCUGUCAAUCUGCUUUGCAUAGCCCCAUCUUUUUUGCGAAGGGAUCGUGUGGUUGCAAUCGGAAGUCGACUAAACUGAGCGUGACCAGGGUGCGCCAUUGGCGUUACCAUGGUGUAACAUGUACAUGCAGUCAUUUGACGCAAUGCAAAUGUUCCUGUGUGGUUCACAACGUAGACAAAUUGCUUCUCACGUGACAUGAUACCGGCGUCGUGAUUGGUCAAGAACAAUAUGAACAAUUCCAGACUAUUAUUUUGUGAUAACUCGAUGUGAUCUCGAAUUGGCUUCUAGUUCAAUUGUAAAUGUGCUACUAAUAAGCGAGCUAGGUCUGCUUCAUGCCAUUAAUGCUGUAUGUGCUAAAAUGUGCUGAAUCCUGGAUAGAAGGCGCUAGUUAACUCACCAAUCAACGACUUGCUUUCAAGAGAUGACUUGUGUUAUGACGUCGUAGCCUAUGGAACAGCAUUUAAUUGUGGUCAUGCAUAAGAUCAGUCCAAAAUAUACAACAGCCCAGUGACAGACUAUGUCAAAAAGUGAGGCCUCAGAAUGGUUCUUCCAUUGACAAAUCCAAAUGAUUAUGAUGCUCGUUCGGAGCCUGCAUGUUUACUGUUAAAGGGGGCAGCGCCAAAUUUGCAAAAUAUCUAUAAAUAUAAAUGUGUUCAGUAAUGCUGAUCUGAGCUAUUCUGCACCGCUUUUGAAAUUGGUAGCUUAGUUGGAGAUACUUUGACUGAUUUUGUCAACCACUUAACUGGCUUUAAGCUAUCCUCCCUUUAACAGUCGGGUUGGGUUAGGGUGGUGUAGGUUGCCGUUGCAUCACUGGAAUAUCACUGGCCAGAAUAAGAAAUCGUGAAUAAAGAGAUAAAAGAGCGUCGGAAAUCAAGAUACAGGACUUAAGAAGCGACCAUUUUGAAUGUUGUCACGUGACGGAAUCUCUACCAAAGCGAGGAUAUUAAUAGAGGGGAUGCAUGUGACCCUUGUAGUGCAUGUUGGUUUACGACACCUUCGUUAGGGAUGGACAGAAAGGGUCGGUAUUUCUUACCAUCUUACUGCUAGAUUUUAAGUAGCCCCCUGCAGCUCUUUUUCGAAUGGGAUCGAGAAACCCCUCCUCCACUUUUCGCAAUAUAUUGGGGGCGUGUCUUUUAUAAUGGCUGUCAAUAAUGUUAUAAUGUUUUGUCAAUGGGAGUACAGCAACUACAGAAAACUGCGAGAAUCCCUGCUCCAGUCAUAGUGCCGGUUCCAACAUUAUUACAUAUACGUCCCAAGCCGGAAGCGGCUUCCAAUGUAUUUCAUUGGAAGAUGAGCGCAAAUGCCGACACCUAUUAGCCCUAUCGGAUGCGACGGGAACUAGCAUGUUUGUAGUGUACAUAGAUUUGUCGACCAUAAUGAUGGUAAAACCGUUAUGUAGUGCAUGCGUCAUGAAAUGACACCUUUGGAUCUUAUAACUGUAUUUUAUGGCCAGUAACGUAGAGUAAAUUGUACAUGAACGACGAAUGGAAUUGAUUUAAAUUCUAGAAUUGACACUUAUAUUUUGGCGCCGAGUUGCCUAAGUUGUACCUCUUGUCUGCUUAAAACUGUAAUUGCUGGAUUUGGUAUUCACCAACGCCAUCUUGGUUUUCCGAAAUAGGACUGACUCUGCUAAAAACCGGUUGUCGCCUAUUUUGCGUUCACUCUCUCAUGGCGUUGUUUACAUGAAGUCGAUUUAACAUACGGCUAGUAGUCUAUACGCCAAGUUUAGUAAAUAUCAUCAUGUGAACAAUCAAGCUUGCGUUUUAAAAACAAUCCAAACCUAUCCAACCCAGAGUCCUUCCAAGCCAUGUUGUACUCUUCCCUCGCGCUCGCGCAUGUUGCUGGGUUGCAGAAAAGUCUUCUCUCGCUUUUGCACCACGAUAUAAAACCUUUUCCUUGUUGUGACUUACGAAUUUCAGCCUGAUACGUAUUUUAGAAAAUAUACAAUCGGUGAAAUAUAGUUUCUUAAAGGGACAACUCGGACGUAGGAUUUACCAAGCCAGGCGGAUAAUACCCAAAUUUGCCACCAUGCGCCGCCACCUGUAGUAUCACACUGGUGCUGAUCUGUUAUAAUGAUUUUCGAUAGUGUCGCGAGGCAGUUUUGGACAUUUUGUGCCACCGUGAUUAAUCUAAUUAGCAGUUUUGAAUAAAAGAGAGGUUCAGACGUUGAUACGAGAACGAGAGCGUUAUCAUGCAAAUACACAAUGUGUCUUUCGUGUCUGGUAAGCUAGCACAAAAAUGUAUGAAUCAAUCAACUUGACUUGAUGACGUCAGCAACGUUCUUUUCUCGGAACCCAUCUGAACCUUUCUAAUGUACACGAACAUGACGAAAGAACCUGGCCUUUAACGUGAGCAGUUACGAGAAGGCGUGCAUGCCAGUGGAGCUUACGGUAUAUGGUGUUGCUCUCAAUGUAAGCUCAAAACGUGGAUGUAUAUAAGCGAUCUUAGUUCAGUAAAUAUAUUUUCAAAAUCUUA